AUGCCGUCCACUAGACUUACUUACCGCCGACGGGCCCCGUACAACACCUCCAGCAACAAUGUCCGCGUGAUCAAGACUCCUGGCGGCCAGCUCCGAUACCUGCACAUCAAGAAGAAGGGCACCGCCCCCAAGUGCGGUGACUGCGGUACCAAGCUCCCUGGUAUUCCUGCCCUCCGCCCCCGCGAGUACGCCACCGUCUCCCGCCCCAAGAAGACCGUCCAGCGCGCCUACGGCGGUUCGCGAUGCGCCAGCUGCGUCCAGGACCGCAUCGUCCGCGCUUUCCUCAUCGAGGAGCAGAAGGUCGUCAAGAAGGUGCUCAAGGAAUCGCAGCAGAAGAAGCGUUAA